AUGGAGACGAAGAACCCUACCAAAAUCGCGAGAACGGAGCCGGGAGUCGACGCCGACGACAGGCUCAGCUCUUUGCCGGACGAAAUCCUCGCCCACAUUCUCUCGUUCCUGCAAACCAAGUACGCUGUCAGAACGGUGAUCCUGAGCCGACGGUGGGAGGAUGUCUGGGCUAGGGUUUCCAGUCUCGAUAUCGACAACCACUAUGUUUACAAGUCUCUGCACCGGGAAUUAGCUGAUCGGAACAUGCCGCCGUAUGAUCCGCGGAAGUAUAUGGAAGAGGAAAGACAUUUAGGCGCGCUGGAAUCCAUACUUCGUGAGAUUCGUAGACUGAAAGAACUAGAUUUCUGCCGCUUCGCCGACUGGGUUCUGAGCCGGCACCAGAAUCUCAGCUCUCUGAAGCGUUUCCGCUUCCAUUUCGAAGUACCGUGGCGUGAGAAAGAUCAGGCGAGGCCUGAUUUUUUGUUUGAGAGGGAAUCGGUGCUUGGUCCUCUGCUUGAGGAGAUGGAGAUUAAGCUUUUGGGGAUGGCGGGAAUUGGAAUUCCGAAAUAUAUGGGGUGCCUUCCACAGAGCUUCUAUACAUUGAAGAAUCUGACUGUGGCGAAGCUGGAAAGGGUUAUAAUAAUGAAUGCAGCAGAGGAGUCCGUUUUGCUUCCCAAUCUGAAGAUUUUACAGCUUACUCAUGUGAGGGUUACGAACUUCGAGUCAUUAACCAGGUUCAUUUCAGGUUGCCCUGCUCUAGAGACUGCCCAUAUGGAGAAUUGCUCUUCCUCCGAGAGAAAUGAGAAUGACAUACUCGAUGUUUCCUUACCAUCCUUGAAGAAGUUGAAGAUUAUCGACAGAGACUAUUCUUCUGGUAAUGAGACGUGUCCCGUUGUAAUCCGAGCGCCAAAUCUUGAGGAUCUUUAUUUUGAGGUGUCUGCAAAGUUGCGGUUCAUGGGCAGCACACCAUUGCCAUGCCUUCAUUCAGCACAUGUUGAAGUUGGUAAAAGCUUGGACCAUUCCCUGAUUGGGUUUUUCACUCUAAUCUCCAAUGCGAAGAAAAUGAGCUUAACUAGGGAGACUCUGUGUCAUCUGUCUCGUCUCACUGAUGUUCAAUUGCCUGUUUUCCCCAACUUGACUCAUUUGACAUUGGGAACUGACUGCGACAUCUGGGUUCUGCACUCGUUGCUCAACUCAGCCACCAAAUUGCAUUCUCUUGUUAUUGACUUGGAGGAUUGCCAUGAUCUAAUGAACUGGGAUUGGAGGCAAGCUGAUUCUAGGCCUGAGUGUCUGUUAUCAAGCCUCGAGGAAAUUGUGAUCGAGAAUCUAGUAGCAGGUGAAGACGAGAUGAGCAUUGUUGCGUAUUUGCUCGAGACGGGAGCUGUCCUUAAGAAGGUGAAGAUGCACUUAAAUGUAAAUUAUCUCAAUAUGCUCGGCCGCCAAAGUCGUGGGUCACUACUGAAACUUUCAAGAAGAUCGAGCGCUUGCAAAGUCGAGCUUUUCCCCUACGAGGAAGAGUAAGAUAUCUACGGCGAUAGUGAUGAUGAGAGCGCGACACUGACGAUGACAUGAAUGAUCCCUGACAACAUUGCUAACGAGAUCGACAAUAAUGAGGCUAGUGACAUGAAGAUGAUUCUCUUUGAAGCAUGUUUGUGGGCAAGGAGCCCCUGUCUUAGGUGAUGAAGCUACCCUUUGAUUUUGUUAUCCUAGUCACUAUGGCAAACGCUGGAGCUGUCUGUUUUUGGACUAGUGGCUGGAGAUCAUGCUGAGUGCUGUGCCUAUAGGCUGUGUAAAUGAUCCCUUGUUUCUCUAAGUUGACUGUAGGAAGUGUCAACACAAGUUCGCCCAUAUUUUGUGGAGAUGGAUUGUUAGAUAAAAAAUGAACUAACAAUCAAUUUGAUAAAGUAAAAAAG